UCAUUGCUUUAUCGAUCGGGCUGAUCAGGCAUCAGGGCAUAGCCUCGCUAAAGCGUAUUGCGAUAAGCAAUCUUGUUGUAUAUAAUAAUAAGAGGUAGAUAGGCCUGUUACUUCUUUGUUUGAUACAAUUUUUGCAGAACUAAGGACGAGGAGCAAGAAGGAGAUACGAGAAGAAAAGGUUGGGAGCUGGGAGCUUUAUUGUGGUAUGAGCGGUGCUCCGCUGACGCGAGAGCGCUCCGCCCGUAGCCCUCUGACAAACUUCUGUGAAACCAGAAAUCAUGCCAGAGGGUAAGGCUGUCCCGUUAUAUCAUAUUUUACAUGCAAAGAAGUAAUUCGCCAUGAAAAUAAAAUAGUAAUCCUCUGGCAAUUGUAACAGUGCAUUUCAAUGAUUCGUUUCCUGAAAAUUUGAGUGUUCAAAUUUACGAUACGCAGAAUGGUGCCUUUGCAAUCUCGUUCGUUUGCGACAUUAGUCAAGGAAAUAUCAAAGGACUCGCACGAUGUGAUGAAAUCAGAUCACUUAAAAUUAUGGAUUUUCGAAGAUGAAAACGAACUGUCAAUGGAAACAGGUGAAAAUUUGAAAAGAAUGAGACAAUCUCCCGUAAAUAGAAAUAUCAUUGCCACAGGAGACAAAGAACACAAGCUACAUCGAAUUCAUUCCUCAUACAUCAAGAAUUGCAACAAGCAGCAGAUAUGGACAUGUAUGUAUGCAAUUAUUAAAGUACUGGAGCAUGUGUCAUCUACAGGCUAAGAGGAAAAAUCACUCCAUACAAAUUUGAAAACAAUUGAAUUGAUAUACUUCUUCCUCUUAUAGUUUCUA